AUGGAUUAUUGGAAGGAAAAUCUUAGACUGACUUCGAGUCCAGUAAGUGAGGUAGACUCCGACGACACGAACAUAGUUGAAAAAUCAACUAGCCUUGUGUCUCCCAGUUUGGAGUUUAAUGAAGCUCAUAAACCCCAAGAAGUAGAAGAGUACUUUCUACGUAAUGGUCUGACUAUAGAAGGGCUCCAAAACAUGGAAUUGAUAGAUCCCAAGAAUGGUUUUAGGCUUGUACCCCAAUUAGUUGCGGAAAGCGGAAAUCAUGAGUCCACUACCCUAAAAUUUCAUUCAAAAGCAAAGGUACUCAUCUACAAUCAUGAUAGUGAUUGCAGAUCCAUAAGAAAGGUCUUUUCUCUUCAGAAAAACCAUGAUAGCAGCCCCUUGAAACGUAUCAAUCAGUCAAUCAGCAGAAGAUUUUCAGGCCUCAGUAUUAACCCUUCAACCUCUGAAUCCAAAGCUAAUCUGAGUAUGCAUAGCAGGCGUGAUCGUUCUAUACUGAAGAACAAAGUCAACGUUAAUGAAGAACAAGAGUCCGUGAGGGCCAGCAAUUGUGAUGAAGUCCAAGUGGAAGACUUCUUGUGUUUCUUUGAGACACAUGAACGCAGGCGCAUGGACACUGAACCUUUUCUAGAACACUACCGCGAGAAGCAGAUAGAAAACUACUAUGAAAAUAUCUAG